AUGAGUGGUCGCCCUCCGCCGGAUUCGCCGCAGGGGAAUCUGAUAGGUCUUCGUAGUGGAGCAUGGGAUAGCAUGUAUAGGAAGAGAGAGAUGGAGAAGGCAGGGAUGGCCCCAAUAAAUGCAGAGGCGACUAUGAAGAAGAUGUAUGAGCAAGUUAUCGGCAGGCAACUCGAGCGUCAAAAAUUGAUACACGAUGCUGAGAAGAAGAGCCCUUCACUGGUAGAGCCUGAGAGCGAUGCUUUGGAGGCUCAAAAGAAGAAAAAGAAGAAGGAUGUACGUCUAUGGAGGGGAGGGAUUGAGUUGUUGUAG